AUCAUCUCUCUAUUCAGAAGAAAAUCGGUGAGUGGGCUGGCUAAUAAAACUUGCACUGGGACAUCCAAAAGAUACCAGCUCUGCAAAGUGCAAGUAAGGAUAUCUUUUGUCUUGUUGGGAACAGUCAGUGUGGGAAGUCGUGUAUGGUAUUUCUAGGUCCCUCGGAGAGGCAACACCAUUUGCCCUGUAGCUGUCACCCUCCUGCCCCUCCAAGCAACUGGGAGUCCCCUUUUUUAAUGCCCAUCACCAUUAUGUCAGGACUUUGGGCCUUUUACCUUUUCUGGGGGCCAUAAAACCCCAGCUUGGGUGAUAAUUGCACCAUUUCUCAGGGGGUUCCCCCUGGCUGGUCCUGCAGUGGGGGGAGGAGAAGGAGGAGGAGGAGGACAUAGCCCUGGAUGGGGAAGGUGGUGGAAACACUCCUUGGUCGUGAUGUGCCAGAAACUCUUCCUGCACUUUGUUUCCAUCAGGAUGUUAAUGUAUCCUAUUCUAGGAGUGCCCUGCGAACGGAAGGAGCUUCCGAGAGGAGCAGUGCUCAUCAUUUAACUCCCAUGUGUAUAAUGGCAGAACAUAUCAAUGGAAACCUUUAUAUCCUGAUGACUAUGUUCACAUUUCUAGCAAGCCCUGUGACCUUCAUUGCACCACUGUGGAUGGCCAGAGACAGUUAAUGGUUCAGGCUCGGGAUGGAACGUCCUGCAAAUACACUGAUUUCCGAGGGGUUUGCGUGUCUGGAAAAUCCCAUUGGCUGCGAUGGCAUUCUCUUUUCCACCCACACCUUGGAUAAAUGUGGAGUUUGCCAAGGAGAUGGGAGCAGCUGCACCCACGUAACCGGCAGUUACCGGAAAGGAAAUUCUCAUCUUGGCUACUCUCUGGUAACGCACAUUCCCGCCGGAGCGAGGGAUAUCCAGAUAGUGGAACGGAAAAAGUCUGCAGAUGUUCUGGCUGUGGCUGAUGAAGCUGGGUACUAUUUCUUCAAUGGGAACUAUAAAGUUGACAGUCCAAAGAACUUCAACAUUGCAGGCACAGUGUUCAAGUACCGCCGGCCCAUGGACGUGUACGAGACCGGCAUCGAGUACAUUGUUGCCCAAGGACCAACAAAUCAAGGGCUGAAUAUAAUGGUCUGGAAUCAAAAUGGCAAGAACCCGUCCAUCACGUUUGAAUACACUCUCCUGAGGAAGCCACACUCAAAAAAUCUGCAGCCCAUCUACUACACCUUCUCCGAGUCAGAUAGUGAAGAGAGCAGGGAGUUCGAUGGGGACGUGCCAUUGGGUUUUAUCCAGCACAAUGCCACCUAUUUUGGGAAAAUCUCCACGGAAAGGAUAGACUUGGAGAACCAGGUGUUUGGAAGGCAGGACACGGAGGAAGAUUUGAACUUGAGCAAAGGUCAGGAAACCAAUGAGGUCUAUGAAAGAGCAGAAACAAUUGACUGUGAGCCAAAACUGAAGGGCAAACAACCCCAAGAUUCAAACGUAACCAGCUCUACUUACCAGACAGACCAUGACGACAGAGACUUCGACCCCAGGUUCGCCUCCAGGGAGUUCCUCUUGGAGAAUGCCAUCACGGACAAGCUGCUGGACAAGGCCUCGGACUCCAAGGAGCUGGUGCUCAACAUGACCAUGAACAGCAUCUUUGCCCAGGGAGACCCCAUCAACUCCGUGGGGUCACACAUUGACAGCCUCUACGUUGACUACGAGGACACUGAUGGGGUUGUGACCUACUCCAUCAACAGCACUUACCUGGAGCUGAGCAACGGCAAAGCCACCAACACGUCGGCAGAGACACCGUUUUCAAACACCACGGUCACCGUGAGCAGCCCUCAAGGGAACAGAACCCACAAAGCAAGAAACAGAUUGAAGUUGUUAAGAAAGGGCCAAGGUGUGAGUGCUGCUGACAUGUACAGGUGGAAGCUUUCCUCCCAUGAACCCUGCAGCUCUACAUGUACCACAGGAGUGAUGUCCACAUAUGCAAUGUGUGUUCGCUAUGAUGGGAUCGAAGUGGAUGACACGUACUGUGAUGCCAUGACCCGUCCCGAGCCCAUCCAUGAGUUCUGUGCUGGGAGAGAGUGCCAGCCAAGGUGGGAGACGAGCAGCUGGAGCGAGUGCUCCCGCACCUGUGGGGAGGGAUAUCAGUUCCGCAUCGUCCGCUGCUGGAAGAUGAUCUCGCCGGGGUUCGACAGCUCCGUGUACAGCGACCUCUGCGAGUCCGCCGACAUCACCCGGCCGGACGAGCGCAAGGUCUGCAAGAACCCGGCCUGUGGGCCCCAGUGGGAGAUGUCCGAGUGGUCUGAGUGCUCAGCCCGGUGCGGGGAGCGGAGCGUGGUGACACGGGACAUCCGCUGCUCCGAGGAGGAGAAGCUGUGCGACGCCAGCGCCCGGCCCCUGGCAGAGAAGAACUGCACGGGGCCACCCUGUGACCGGCAGUGGACCGUCUCCGACUGGGGACCGUGCAGCGGUGGCUGUGGGCAGGGCAGGAUGAUCCGGCACGUGUACUGCAAAACCAGCGACGGGCGCGUGGUGCCCGAGUCACAGUGCAACCUGGAGACCAAACCACUGGCCAUCCACCCCUGUGGGGACAAGAACUGCCCCUCGCACUGGCUGGCACAGGACUGGGAGCGGUGCAACACAACGUGUGGCCGGGGGGUGAAGAAGAGGAUCGUGCUCUGCCUGGAGAUUGUCAAUGGCAAGAUCAAGACCCGCAACCCCGCUGACUGUGACGUGGCCAAGAAGCCCAUGGAGGAGACGACGUGCUUCGAGCGGCCGUGCUUCAAGUGGUACACGACCCCCUGGUCGGAGUGCACAAAAACCUGUGGAAUUGGCGUGAGGAUGCGGGAUGUGAAGUGCUACCAAGGGAAGGACAUCGUCCGGGGCUGCGACCCGCUGGUGAAGCCGGUGGGCAAACAGACCUGCGACCUGCAGCCCUGCCCCACAGAGCCCCCAGACGACAGCUGCCAGGACCAGGCAGGAACCAACUGUGCUUUGGCCAUCAAAGUGAACCUGUGCAGCCACUGGUACUACAGCAAAGCCUGCUGCCGCUCCUGCCGCGCGCCCCACUCCUAGUGCCGGCAGCACCUCCCUUAGCGAGGGCUCCGUGUUCCAUUUAGCCACACAUCCCACAGACUGGUGAUCAGGAUGCAUUUGGGUUGGUUUUUAUUUCCCCACUGAUGCACAACUCCUCUCCUCGUCCCUCUCCCGGGGCGGUGCCAGCGCGACUCAGCGCAGAGCCCGUUGGGAGCCCCCGCUAUCAGAGCUGUACAUAAAGUCGUGUAUAUUUGGUUCCCCCAAACUGCAGGUACAUCCAUGUGUUUUUUCACAAGGUCUGGUCCUUUGGUUUCUUCCCUCUGUGCAAGUUUGGGGUUGGUGAGGGGAAGGUGUGAACUCGGGGAAGUGCAAAUUUCCCUCCGCCAAGGGGAUUAGUGCCUCUCUCCUAAUUUAUCCCAAGACCUGCACACUCUUGUUAGCUGCAUUUAAUGUGGUGGGAAGCUGAUUCUCAUUUGCUAAAUGAACUCAAGCCCUUCUUUGUAAUAUGUAGGUGUAUACUUUUUCAGAGAAUUUUAUCUUAUAAUCAAAUGUUAGUUCCAUAGUCCUUACAACCCCCCCCCGAUGCUGACAUAUUGUAUAUAAUAUGGAAACAUAACUGCACUUUAUAUCACAAAAAAGACGUGCUCUUUUUUAAUAUAUUUGUUUACAGACAGUGAACUUUAUCCAUAUAAUCAUUAAUUUGUACUCAUAUGUAUAUUUUAAUAAAGUUGUCAUAUUUAUGGUGGUAUUUUGUUUUAUUCUCCAGUUUGUAGUGGGGUACUGGGAACACUGGAGUCAGGACCAUGAACUUGCUGGUGCUCAGGGGAAGCAGAGCAGCUUGAACUCAGGGGAAUCAUGGCUGUUUGGACAGUGAUGCAAGGAAAAGUCCCAACAGGGGGGGAUUUUGGGACCAUUGCUCUGAGUUGCUUUAGGAUUGUGUGUGUGUGUGGCUUUGGGAACUGCAACCCUGAAGCUCUUCAGGAGUUUCUGAGCAAAGAGACUUGAUAGGGUACCAGUAAGAAAAGGGCCUUUCUGUGUUCCCAAGGGGGUUGUUGCUCUGUGUUUCUCCAGGUGUGACCCUCCAAUGUCAGGCUAAAGGCUCACCACCCACACUGGGGUGUGCACCCCAACUGCUGCUGCAUUGUUCCCCUCAGCAGCAGGGAG